CAGAGCACCAGAACAGGCAGCGCUAUGGCAAACGAAGCACAAGUCCUCUCCCCGCUGAAAGGGGGGCAUCCUCCUGCAGUAAAAGCCGGAGGAAUGCGUAUUUCCAAAAAACAAGAAAUUGGAGUCUUGGAGAGACACACCAAAAAAACAGGAUUAGAGAAAACAAGUGCCAUUGCAAACGUUGUCAAAAUACAGACGCUGGAUGCCCUGAAUGACACACUGGACAAGCUCAACCAUAAAUUUCCAGCAACAGUGCACAUGGCACAUCAAAAACCCACACCUGCUCUGGAGAAGGUCGCUCCACCAAAAAGGAUCUACAUUAUUCAGCAGCCUCGAAAAUGUUAAGCCGGGACAUAAAACACAGCUGUCUGGUCAACUGCUUCAAGCAUCUGACAACUUAGCAAAAAAGGACCAAAACUUUCUGUAGGUCUACUAAGCUUGCUUGGUAAAUAAAACAGCUUUUGUAUUAUCCCUUUUGACUUUAGGUAAUAAAGCAUCUGAAA